AUGGCCUACACAAAUGCCAUCAAUACCGCCAUGAAGCCCAUGGAAGGAAAGAUCUCUAUGCUCUUUGAGCACAGACAAGACAACAAGGUCAUUGUUGGUGGCUGCAAAAAGGACCUCUGUGGCGUGCAUAGCAAGAUGAGUCAGCUCUCCAAAGCAACGUCAAUCAUCAAGAAAGACUUCGCAAACGCCAUCGAUACCGCCAUGAAGCCCAUGGAAGGAAAGAUCUCUACGCUCUUUGAGCAGGGACAAGACAACAAGGUCAUUGUUGGUGGCCGCAAAAAGGACCUCUGUGGCGUGCGUAGCAAGAUGAGUCAGCUCUCCAAAGCAACGUCAAUCAUCAAGAAAGACUUCGCAAAUGCCAUCAAUACCGCCAUGAAGCCCAUGGAAGGCAAGAUCUCUGCGCUCUUUGAGCAGGGAAAGCAGGCCAAAGUCAGCAUUGAUGGCCUCAAAACCAACAUCGCGACCUUGUUUGCACAGGGUCAGGCGAGCAAAAGAAGAUGGCCCCUCCAGAUCCUGAGCCUGAGAGAUCAAAUGUAUGCAUCAGCACACAUCCCCUCAUGCUUGCCUUGUACACGCGCACUAGCCCUCUUGUAA